AUGUUCAGCUGCCGCGGCAAGGGCAAUUGCGACGUCACGGAGUUCAGCGAGGCCAACUGGGCGGCGAAGCUCGGCGAGGAGCCCCACUUCGUCAUGUUCUACGCGCCCUGGUGCGGCCACUGCAAGCAGCUCGCGCCGAAGAUGAAGGUCGCCGCGAAGAAGCUCAAGGGCAGCGGCGUGGGCAUCGGCGCGGUCGACGUCGAGCCGAACUCGGGCAUCCAGGCCAUGUUCCCCGACAUCCGCGGCUUCCCCUCGCUCAAGUACGUGCGCUCGGGCAAGAACAGCGCGAAGACGGCCAUCGACUACAACGGCCCGCGCGAGGCCGACGACAUCGAGCGCUGGACGAAGGAGCAG